CGGCCCCUUGGGCUGCCCACGUUUCUUCUUUGCACGGCUCCUUCAGCACCUGCACCAACAUGGCAUCAGGAGAACAUCAGCCGUUUCCCUAUCAUGUCGGGUUUAGCCGUGACAGCGGUCCUUCAUUGACCCAUGUCUUGUGCCGGGGACCUCUUGUGCUGUCCUUCGACAGCUGCCGCUCGCUCUUCUUCCUUUACAAUCGCUCGUGCAACUGAUCGACGGCCGUCUAUCCAGAGUCUUCACUCGUUCGGCUCUGGAAUUCUUCAGGAUCCGUCAACAAGACAAUAGCACUCUAUAAUUAUCACUCGUCACUCAAUUCCAUCUGCCGAAGCCCGACCGUCAUGCGGCCCUGACCAUCAUUCACUCAACCGCCAUUGGAAGUCUGAGAAUGCGUCUUCCGUUUAGACGGUCCCUCGGGCAGAGUGCCCCAGAGGAGAAAGCCCUCGGGAAACGGCUGCUUACCCAGGUCGUCGAUACACUUCUCAGUCCAGUGUGCGACGCCCUUCCUGGGGCACCGGGUUGUUCAAGCCCAAGUCCUACUCCGGCUCCCGCCCCAACCACUCCAGCACCGGCACCGGCCCCGACUCCGCCCGCUCCUUCUCCGACCCCUAACAAUCCGCCAGCGCAGCAACAACCUCCGCCGGCUUCAAGUUCGCCAGUCCCGAAUCCGCCGUCAGAAAACACGCCUCCCAGCACAGGCUCCUCGGGCUCUGGUUCAUCUAAUACCAACACAGGUUCUGGAUCUGGAACAGGCUCGGGAUCUGGAUCGGGCUCCGGAUCAGGAUCGGGUUCGGGAUCGGGAUCGGGAUCGGGGUCAGGGUCAGGCGCAGGAUCGGGUUCGGGAUCAUCUAGUGGCAGUUCUGGAUCGGUAUCCUCUCCUGGUAGCUCUGGUACGGGCACCGCCACCGCCAAUUCCGGCCAGUCAGCCUCUGGCUCCGGCUCCGGUUCCGGCUCAAGCUCGGGCUCGGGCUCGGGCUCAGGCUCAGGCUCUGGUUCGGGCUCUGGAUCUAGUUCCGGCUCGGGAUCCUCAGGUUCAUCAGGGUCCGGCACCGGCGGAAACGCUGGUUCUACGUCAUCGACGAGCGGAUCACAGGGUACUGGUAGUACCUCGGGGGCUAGUGGCAGUGGAAAUGGAGCCGGAAACGGCAAUGGUUCGGCUGGUGGCGCCGGAAAUUCUCAAUCUACCGGGACAGCAGGAUCAGGAUCAGGAUCGGGCACAUCAGGCAGUGGUACGGGCCUAGGCUUGAUCCAAGCAGAAACCAAUGCCACCCCUUCUUCCGGGAUUUCACCUGGAGCAACGAACACUCCCUCGUUCAGCGGCGACCGUUUCAACUCCCAUGGAUUUGAGGGAUUGCGGGGAGACGGAGGGGCGGAUUCUCCUGGCGGGGGCGUCGGCACCGUCUCUGGUGCUGGUGGGCAGGGCAAUGGGAAUGGGCUUGGCGGCCCGGCCGAGGGUUCACAGUCAAGUUCCAUCCCUGGGAUCGUUGGCGGCGUCAUUGGCGCCCUUGUCAUUCUCUUGAUUCUUAUCGCGCUCAUUUACAGGUACCGGCGUACUCGCCGCGUACAAGCCUUCCUGAUCAAGUUCACUCCCUUCAAAAUCUCGCCUUAUACGAAAUCAGACAAGAGGAGAUCUUCCAUGGGCGCCAGCCUUUUGUUCACUGAUGGCGAGUUGGGGGAUGCAUUGAUGGCCGAGAAGCGACAGACCAUGGACUACGGCACCACCCUCCCACCGCCCGUGACCCAUCCAACCGCGACUGUGGCCCCCCCGGAACGUCCAGAUGGCCCCCCAGCGCUCAACACCGCUCUCGCCAACAAUCGGUCCUCGACGCCAAUCAGCCCAUACCUGAUAGAUAUUUCACCGCUAUCGCCGGGAUUCCCGAGGUCUCCAUCCCCGACAGUUCCGAGGCGUUCCAGUCAGGACUCUGUUGGCGGUGUAAGUAUCGCCAGCAGCGGCAUAUUCUCGCCCUCGCUCCUUUCCUGGCCAAUGCCCCCGUCCGGCCCUCCGAGCAUUAAGACCUCACCCCCUCCUACCUCGCACGGGAACCCCCCUGAUUUGGCAGCCCGCUAUCGACCUAUGACACCUUCCAGACCGAUGACACCCUCAAAGCCGGGGACACCAUCGAUGCCAGCAACGCCUUCGAACUGGCAGAAGCCGCCAGGUUGGGAUUGAGCGAGUUUUAGUGCCGCCUUUCAUAGGCUUUCGAUCUCUUUUCCUUCUCAGUUCUUUCUUUUCCUUUUUGCAAUAGAGCGAUAUGAGUUGCUGGGAGUGCG